GGGGAAUUGGGGGUAGGUCCACCCGACCGGUGACCCGAAAAUCGAGAAUUCUCUCUAAAGCCAACCCACCUGACCCGUCUCGUAAAACUUUUCUUCUGUCCCCCUUUCUCCUCUCUUCUUCUUACUACUACUGUUUUCCACUUUGCUUUUUUGAGCUUUUCUGCUUCCGCCAUUGUUAAAGCUCUUUCCUUUCCUUCAUUCCUCCUUAUCCCUAGCUGAAAUCCAACUCCAAUUUCUCUCAGAACUCUACAUAAGCUCCUGAUUUUCCAGUAAUUUUAGGACUAAAGUUGGCAUUUUUGCACAGUAUUGAUUCCAAGCAAACACCCCCAUUUCCAUUUCUGCAUUUCCACUGUCCUAAAAACUCUUCAAAAACCCACUUACAAAAUCAUCAUCAUUUUCUCCUUCCUUUUUUUUUUUUUUUAUCCUUAGGCUUUUUAGUUAAAAAGUUUCCACAACCCUAAGGAUGCAUUUCCAUUUCUUCUUCUUCUUGGGUUUCCUCAUUAUUAGUUUGCCUUCACUUAUCACUUCCAAGUCUACCAUAGAACCAUGCGCAAAUGCUGACUCUUGCUCCGCCUUCGUUGGCUACACUCUCUACACUGAGCUCAAAGUCUCUGAAGUUGCUGCGCUUUUCAAUGUGGACCCUGUUUCCCUUCUCACGGCGAAUUCCGUCGACAUUUCUUACCCGGACGUCGAGAAUUACAUUCUCCCGGCGUCCCUUUUCGUUAAAGUUCCUAUCAAGUGCUCCUGCGUCGACGGAAUCCGUAAAUCCACUUCCACCUCCUACAAAACCCGGCCUUCCGACACCCUGUUCUUCAUCGCCGACGAGGUUUACGGCGGCCUUGUUUCUGCCGACCAAAUCAAGGAGGCCAACUCCAAAGUUAUUAGCGACCCUUCUGUCAUUAAUGUCGGUACUAAUUUGAUGAUUCCGUUGCCCUGCACCUGUUUUAAUGGCACGGACAACAACUUGCCGGCCACUUAUAUGUCGUAUGUUGUGAGGCCGAUUGAUACCCUUGCCGGAAUUGCCAGGAAGUAUUCUACCACCGUGACUGAUCUUAUGAAUGUCAAUGCUCUGGGUGGUCCUGCCAUUAAAGACGGCGACAUUCUUGCCAUUCCUCUCUCAGCUUGCGCCUCCAGUUUCCCAAAGUAUGCGUCGGAUUAUGCUCUAUCUGUGCCUAACGGGAGUUAUGCUAUUACUGCAAGUCACUGUGUACAGUGCAGUUGUGGACCAGGGACUAACAAUUUGUAUUGCAUGCCAGCUUCUUUGGCGGUUUCCUGUUCAAGCAUGCAGUGCAGUAAUAGUAAUCUCAUGAUUGGGAAUGUCACGUUCCAACAAACUAGUGCUGGGUGCAACGUGACUACUUGCAGUUAUGGAGGAUUUGUCAACGGAUCGAUUGUUGCAGUAUUAUCAUCAUCUCUUCAGCCUCGCUGCCCAGGACCUCAGCAAUUUCCACCCGUCUUGGAACCCUCUUCAUUAAUUAGCACAGAGUCCAUAUUUGCACCCGCUCCUUCACCAUCUGAAAUAGCAGGUGCUCCAACAAUCCCCGGCUUUGUGCCUUCUUCUGGCACAACUAUGCAAACUCCACCAGCGAAUGGUCCAGCCGGAAGUGCUUCUUCUGCUUACUCAUUGGCGCAUCCAUUGGCCACUUUCCCUAUGAUUUUCCUCUUAACUUUUUCACUCAAGAAUGUGAUGUCAUUUCCGUUGUAGUUCUCUUCAGACAUGAACAUGAGAUGGGAUUUAUUCUUUUUUUGUUUAGCUUGUAUUUUGGGUUGGAUUAGCCGUGAGGUCCCACGGAGAUUUAUUUGGACUACUUAGUGGAUGAACUCCUAUUUUCCCCAAUUGACUCUUGCACUUUCUUUUCGUGUCAGCUUCCUUCUGCAUGUUUUUGUUCCUUCAAUGCACUCGCGUGUGUAUAUUUUAUAUCUCUCCCUGACCAAAAGUUUGGCUGUUCGGGUGAAGUGAGCAACUAGAUUGUGUUAGCUUGACAUUACCCAAUAUUCAGGGCAAAGUUUG